UUGAAUUAUUUUCGUAUGAAAAUAACAUGAUUGAUUUCUAUCAUGACCUUUAGUCUGCCUAACUAUAAGAUUGUGAAAGUAUUAGAAUAAAGUUAAUACUAUACUAGCUUCUACCAACCACCUGACAACAACUAUAUAACAUUGAGCUUUACUCUCUUGAGGAAGACUCAUUCAAAUUUUGAAGCUAUCACAUAGUCUAAGGGAGAUAUUGGAGUGACAGCAUUUCAGUUACCAGAGGAGUGACUAACUGGCUUUAAUUUUAGAUAAACGAGGUUGUCGAUGAUAACUUUUUGCCAGUUGACAGUGUUGGUUAGUCUUUCAAUACUGCUUUUUCGGGACUUACUUUAACCAAGGGCAACUCUCUACAAAUUUUGCUUGACACUACUUUUGGGGGUGCUCUGGUACCUUGGUGUUGCAGUAAGUUUUCUGUCACCAUUAGUUAUGGACAAGCAACAAAUAUUAUGGCCUCCGUCAUGGAAUAACAAUCAUCUUGUUGAUAAUGCUUCAAAUAGCACACGUGUGGAUACCCAAGCUGUGGCAGAGCAUAAUUCUGUUGUUGUUCGCCUUAUGAAGGGCCGCACAAUGGAAAGACUGACUGAUAUAGAAUUGAGUAGUGUCCAUGCAACUAAGCCUAAAAGUGCUGGUUUGGUUAACGAUGCCACAUCAAUUGUCUUGCAGGAGGAAGAUGUGGAAACCCCAUGUGGUAACAUUAGGGUUGCCAUUCAAGGAGACCGAGCUAAACCAGCUAUCCUUACAUUCCAUGAUAUUGGUCUUAACCAUACGACUUGCUUUCAAGGAUUUUUUGGAUUUGCUGAUAUGCAACCAAUCUUACGCCAUUUCUGUGUGUAUCAUUUGAAUGCCCCCGGCCAGGAGGAAGGAGCUCUUCAGUUGAGACCAGAGCAAGAUGCCCUUGGUAAUCCUGAAACCCUUAAUGGGAACAGCUAUUCUUAUCCUACCAUGGAGCAACUUGCUGAUGCUGUCCACCAUGUUGUCGAGCAUUACAACUUAAGAAGGAUUAUAGGAUUUGGUGUUGGUACUGGAGCCAAUAUUUUGGUUAGAUACAGUUUGUGUCACCCAAGCUUUGUUGAUUCGUUGGUGGUGAUUAAUCCCACUUGUGAUGCUCCUGGAUGGAUAGAAUGGGGCUACCAAAAAAUGAACAUGUGGUAUUUGUUUAGUGGUCAAAUGACAAACUUUACUGAAGAGUAUCUCUUGUGGCAUUGGUUCGGAAAGAAAACUCGAUGGGAAAACCAUGAUCUAGUCAAUGUGUACAAGGACUGCAUCAAAGCUAUUAAUCCACAAAACCUGGCAUUAUUCAUAGAAUCUUAUCUGAGACGAACUGAUCUUGGCUUGAUCCGAGAACUGGAUAAUAUUCGCAGGAACACUGUGAAGAAUGUAAAAUGCCGCACUAUGCUGCUGGUUGGUGAUGACUCUCCUCAUCUUGAUGAAGUUGUUAAUAUGAAUGGAAGGAUGGAUCCUCAGGAGACUGAUUUUGUUAAGAUUGCUGAUUGUGGUGGUAUGCCCCUUGAGGAGCAACCAGCCAAAGUGUGUGAGGCUUUCCGGUACUUUCUUCAAGGAAUGGGCUACAGCAUAUUUUGUGCUGAAGGAAAAGGCUGCCACAGUUGUCAGGUUCCCAUUUUCCUGCAUUGAUACCAUCUCGUAGUGUGUCAACUUGCAGUGAUUUUAGCCUUGCAAGCACCAGGAGUCCUACCACUGAGGAAGAUGCGGUUGAAUGUUAGAGAAGUCUUAUAUAUUCAUUGAACUGGCUUUAAAUCUCCCUGCCAGGCAACUCAAAUAACCCACUUGAAAUAACUGUUCAUAUAACUAUGAUGCAAACUAACAAACUUCUUCCCUACUCCUUCCCCACCCUAUCUUAUUUUUUGCAGCUCAGACUAUCACCUGUGAGCAAAAGUAGUUUUUCUUUCCUUUCCCCCACUCUUGUUAGGCUUUUUAUACUUUUGAUUACUUUCAUUUUCAGAAAGCUCACUUUAUAUAUUAUUGCUAUGGUUUAUAAAUUACCAUGUUUAAAUACCAUAUUUUCUAAGUCACCAGCCAUUUCAUUUUGCUGAUUUUUUUUUCUGUUGUUUAAUCUAAUUAGCAAUUCCCUAUAACUAUUUUGAUACUUUCUGAAAAAAAAUUAUAAAAAAAUAUUUUUUUUUUUUUUUAAAUAAAGGAAUUGCAUUUGAAUGUCUGCAUCACUUCAUCCUUUUUAGCAGCCAUCAAGGUUGACUAAUUGAAGCUUUCUUUUUGGUCCAUACUUGCUCUCUUAUCCAUUUAUUCUUUUUUUUCCGCACCAUUUCUCACAAAGAUGACAAACUACGUGCUUUUGCUUUCCUUCAAAGAGUUAAGUGAAAUUGCAGUAUCCAAGUAGUUGUAUGUCUAGAACAGAACCACUUACUCCAUAACAUUCUACUAAAGCUGAAGAUAUGUAGUUAGAAUAUGAAAUCUGAUACUGCAUUUUGCUCUAAGCGUUCCCUUUUUGUCAUCUUCAGCAUUCCAAACAUUUGUGAGUAUAUCCAGUCCCUACACUGCCGGUCCUCUAAAUUUUCUCUUGUGGCUCAUUAAAUUAGUCACAAGUCAUCGAAAUAUAAGCAAUAUCCUAUGCAAGACACUCGAUGUGGGUCUUCCUUCGCGACAAUAAGCAGCAUACUUUAUUCACAUCACAUAAAAAGAUAUGAACAAUGAAAAAAUGGAUAUUGCUGAGGGGUCAGUUAUGAUUGGAAGAUGGGUAGACAAUCGGUAAAUGCUGCAAUCAUUAACUUGUAUGUUAUUAGGACUCAAACAUAUUAAAUGAAAUCUAUGUAAAACGGGACAAAUAAUUCCCCCACUUUGUAAUCUCUCCUUUGCUUAUUAGUGUACUUGAGCAAUGUAAUUGAUACUGCUGUUGCCAUCUCCAGAAACAUAAGAACUCUUGUAUAUGAGCUAGAAGUGGAUUCCCCCUAAGUAUCUAGCCAGCUGCUGUAGAUGGUACUAAAGUAUCUGGUUUACAAUUUUCCUCAUAUCAUGCAAUUGUUCUAUUCUGUUUGUAUUAUAAGAAAGGUUUGGAGUUGGUAGAGAUUAGUAUUAGUUAAUAGGUUUUGAUAGAGAGUGCAUUUGAACUAGUCUGCUCUAAUUCCUGUAUUGCUUUAAGUGGAUGCAGAGCUUCAGUAGCUGCCCUAGUAGAUUUGAUCUUGUCAUUCUAGUAAGAAACGAUAUUUUAUUUUUAUGGCAGAAGUUAAGACUAGAUAUGUUGAGAGACAAUUGGACUGGGCUUGACAAGAGUUUCUCGCUGAACCUCUUUUGAAGGAGAUUGUGCUUAGCUUCUAAUACUGGCUGAUAAAUUCUUUUUUUUUUUAAAACCACUUUUGAUCUGUUACUGCUGUUCUUUGAGCAGCCAUUCUGAUACCAUCCAAUGAAAGUUGCUGUACUGCUAAAAAGUAUUGGACAUUUAGAUUCCUUGUUUAGCUAGUGCCACAACUAUAAAAAGUUUUGGUCAAAAUCCAACUUACCUUCUAGUAAAGGUGAGCAGUAUGAAAGAUUUUCCACCCUCCUCCUUUGCCUAUCAAAAGCUUCAACUGGAUAGGAAAGUGGAUAUGGGUUUACUUACUAAUCACCACCUAGAAUGUUUUCAGUAACAAUACAUUCCAUUUCUUGCUUAAAAACCAAAUUAUCUGUUCUUAAUAAUGAUCCAUGCCUUGUUUUCCAUAUCCCAUCAGCUAGACUGUAGUUAUUCAACUAUUAUCUAGACUCCUGUAUAUAUAUAUAUCUAUAUUGGUUUGUUAUUUGUUUGUUAGUUUUUUUCCUGUUUUGUUUGGACAGAGCAUCUCAGUAUAUAGAUGCCCUUACGACUGCUCCUAGACAGUCUUUGUUUUUUACAGAAAGAAUUUAAAAAGAAUAACCAUUCAAUUGUAUAUACACUGUUCUAGCUCGCUGUUAUUUUGUAAUAUAUCUUCGAAUAAAGAGUUGUUUUCUUUA